AUGUCAACCGCCAGCCGCCAAGAUCGGUUCAGUCGCGGCCUGGCCAGCCGGACCAGCCGAAACGGCACGGCACAAGGGGCCCCACCUGUGGAGCACGUGCCGAUCAGCGACACGUCGAGAGGUGAAGCACUGCGGCGCGGGAUCGAGGAUCACGUGCGUCAAGCGGAUCCCCUUAUCGGGAAUCGAAGAGCGCCCGCGCAGGCGCGGCGGCCCGAGCCGGCCGGCGCGGGACCGGGGGCUCCUUACUGUUCGGGAGAGAAAGUGCCGGGUUCAGAGGAGAGGAAUAGUGGUGAGAAGAGAGAAGUAAGGGAGGAAGUGAGGAUGGAAGAGCUGGGAAGAGAGUUAAGGAAAUUGAGGUGGGAAAUGACAAGGCGACUGAGGGAAGUCAGAGAGAGGCUAAGAGGCUUGGAAGAGAGGUUAGAGGCGCUGGAAGGAGAAGGUCUGAGACGGGAAGAAGAGAUAGCAGGAGAGAGGGAGGAGCUGAGGAGUAUGCGGAAAGCAAGAGGAAGAGGCAAUGGAAAAGAGGAAGCGCAAAACGACAGUGACGAAGAAAGAGAGAUGGAGAAGAAGAGGAUCGGACAGGACGACAGAAGAGAGGGAAGGAGAAGGGAAAAGGAACAGUCAGAUAAAGAGAAGAGGGAGGAGAAGAUGGGGGAAGGCGAGAACGAGAGAAGAGAAGAGAGAGGAGAGGAAGGGAAAGGGCGGAAGGACAGAGACGAGGAGAGCUGGUGGCAGGAGACGAGAAGAAAAGAAGAGGAGGAGAGGCGAGGGGGCGAGGAGAGAAGCGAGAAGGAAGGAAGCAGCCAAGAUGGGAGGAGAGUGAAGGAGGGACAGGCAGGAGGAGCUGGCAGAGAGGAGAGGAAGAGCGCAAGGAGAGCGGAGGAGGAGGAUGGGGAGAAAAUGGGAACUGUGAUGGUAAAGGUGGGAGGGGGGUAG